CCGACAGUAACCUCACACCAUAACCUACUCUCACUACGACUAGAGUUUAAUACUCCCUCCCGACUUACUUGUACUUUGGCCAAUCCUUUAGGAAGCCCCUAGACAUCGACCAGUUCGUUGUAACAGAUCCUAUUCGAGAUCUUAUUUUCCAUACUUCUCCCUGUCACCUUUCCAGGAGAUAUCCGACAGUAACCUUGUAUUACUAAAUACUCACAUAACAACUCUCGAGACUUCCUACCGACUUGUACUAUUCGACCAAUCCCUUGGCAAGCUCCUCAGUGUUGUCUUGUCUACCGUACCAGAGCUCUUGUUCGAGGUACUAUUCAUACAUUCACUUUCUAAUCUCACCACACGACUUCCCAUCACUCUCUCCACAUACUCUCUAACUUCCUCAUUCUUACGUACCUACCAUCACGAUGUCUUUCAACGGAUCUUUCCCCGGAAGCGCCCCUAGCGUUAUCCCCUACGAUCAGCACCAGAUUGAACUCCAGGACCUUCGCGAAGAAUACGAGCAGUUCAUCGAACAAUUCAAGGCAGACCACCAAGACGAGAUGGACGCCGUCGAGGCCGGCUUUGAGGAUGAGAAGGAUAACCUCAAGGAGAGUCAUGACGAGCAGAGAGUUGUCAUGAUGACUUCAUUCAAUGACAAAAUCGCGGCUCUGGAGUCAGCUAUCCAGGAAAUAAGCGACCAGCCCGACCAGGAGAACGAGGAGUACAUCGGCGAGCUGCAAGCUGAACUCCAGCAGAAGGACAACGAGCUCCAGCAAAAGGACAUCGCCCUCCUGAAUCUCAAACGAGAUGCCGACCAGUACGUCGACGAGUUGAACUUGACUCUGAAGGCAAAGGACGAAGAGCUGGCGCACCUCCGCCAAGGUCCCCAGCAACCCGCCAGCGACGACGAGAGUCCCGUUGAGCUAUGCGAUUGGCUCUGGACCCAAUGUGGAGGUGAGACCGAACAGCUCAAAAAGCGAACUGAGCAGCUUGAGCAAUACAAGGCCAUGUACCGCGAGGAUACUCUGUCCUACAAGGCGACGAUCGUCGCCCAGACCAACGAGAUGAACCGCCUGAAGGCCAUAGCUAACAACCGAACCGGAGCGCGUUGUGCCCAGCUAGAAGCAGAACUAGCUAAGGCCAACAAGACCAUUGAAGCCUUGAAGGAGGAGAAGGCGAAGUUGCGCACCCCUACGAAAAAGGAGAUCAUGAGCUCCUUCUACUCGGCCCGCCGCCAGAACCAAAAGGGCGGUUCUCCCAAGCGUCUACGGGAGGCCGGACCAAAAGUCUUCCGCGCGGAAAUCAAAGCGGAUAUCUUUGCUCAAUACAAGAGCAAGCUGGCCGAGGAGAAGGAGCUAAUGGACAAGAAGAACGAGGCUUACAUGGACCAGCAAAAGGCCAAGCUGGCCGAGGUCAAUGAGUCCUUGGAGAAGAAGUCCGCAGCUCUCGACAAAAGAAAGGUCGAGGUAGAGGAGAGCUGGAAGAAGAAGUACCACUCGGAGAUCAAGAAAAUGCAGGAUGAUAUUAACUCCCAAGUGAUCGCCAGGCUUCACAAGCCUACUCCCAUAUCCGGUACCGUGGAUAUGGAGCAACCUGGCGAGUUUACUACGGGAGAAGUUCUAGAAGCGUCACUUGAUUAUCAUGACCAAGUACGUGAGACUGCUCUCCGAGUAUUAUGGAACCACCAGUUGGAGGAGGCCGUCGGGAAGUGGGCGGAGUCUCAGGAGACGAGACGAGCCCUCGAGUACGUCAAUGGAGAGCUCGCGGAGAGUGCCGCCGCCUCCGGUCCAUCUCCUGUCGGCCACAGUGUUAAUUCACCUAGUACUAGUCUGUUUUCUUCGUCUCCUGGAUCCGCCACCACAGCCACCACCACUACAUCCAUUGCCUCAACACCCCCUACUCCCAUCACACCCAUCGCUCUGAGAAAAUUAACGAAGAUGAAGGCCAUUAAGCUGGCUAGGGCAAGGAAGCAGCGCGGCAUGAAGAAUGUUACUCCACUCCGUUAGAGGGAGUUCCCAUCCCCUAAUUUCUUCUGCCCCUUUUCGCUCUUCUAUCUUUGCUCUCCCUUCCUUUCUUUCCGCCCCUCGCCCAACCGACCCAUAGUCGACAUACCGAAAACAUGAGACGUUUCGCCCUCUGAGUCGACAUACUAGGGCACCAUCGGGAUACACCGAAGGAAGAAAACUUAUUCUGUUCUUGUUUUGUCUUUGAUUUUUUAAAAGAAAAAAAUAACAAAAAUAACAAAAAAAGGUGGAAAACACAGAUCACAAAAACAUAACCCUCGCUUUCUAUUACUUAGCAGUUAGCUGCAACUAUUGCCUCCAGAUUGGUAAGUCUCCUAUCCGCUACUCACUCUCACUACCAAUUUCUGAAGCUAACAUGUCUUUGGCGUACAGUUACAGUUACGCCGAACCUCACUCCCGCCAUUGCCGCCGCUGCCAUAUGCACCCUCUCAACGACCACAGCCCCGGCCGGGAAGGUAAAAGACCGAAUGAAUUUAUAAAACAGAAAACCG